UGAGUGUGUACAAUUUCUUAUAAAUGUCAAAUUUCUGCUGUUUAUUUCAUCAUUUGCAGAAAGGAAACUAAUGCGUCUUGUUUAUCUUGAUCAAAGUGGAGUAUGAGGUGUAUUUCUGGAGAUUUUACGGAGUUGUCGAAGCCUUGACAAGUGAAAUUUGGUUCCAAAAUCGUCAGUAUUGACAAUGACAUCGGUGUCCCAGAAGAUUGUUCAAACCUAUGGCAUAGAAGUGAGUGAAGGAAUCCAGUGGAAAGGAUGGGAACCUGGUGGAGAAUAUACAAAACAAAUAACAUUGAAAAAUAUUCAAGUGAAGACACAAAAGAUUAUUUAUAAAGUUCCAGACACACGAUUCUUCACCACCCUGUAUCCGAAACCAGUCAUCCUGACAUGUGGGACAAGUUUCACACUACCAGUGACUUUCAGACCAUUGGAAAAGGACCAAUAUGAGGACAAAAUUGAGUUCCAAACUAAAGAUGGGAGUUUUGCUGUUCCCAUAAGGGCUGUGCUACCGAAGGCUGACCUGCUCGUGCCCAAAAUGCUAACAUUUGGAAUGUGUGCAAUAAAAGACACUUGUGAACUGAGUUUUAAGCUCACCAAUCCCAGUGAGGUGCAUACUCCGUUCAAGUGGAUGGUCAGAGAACCAUUUUCAUUAUCACCAUCAACUGGAUCCCUUGCCCCUAAAACUUCCUGUGUGAUCAAAGCUACAUUUUCACCCAAGAGUGGCUUGGUAUACAAUGGAACUGCAGUUUGUCAUUUUGGGGAUCUUGCAGAACAGAUGGAAAAAUCUGUUGAUCUUGACGGAAUAGGUAAAUAUCCACACAUAAUGGUGAGGAAUUCUUCUUCUAGCGUCGGUCAAAAGAGUACCACAAGCAACACUGGUGAAACCUUGGUUGAGUUUGCCACGGUUGCGGCUGGUUUCACCGCAGAGAAAACGAUACAUCUUCAUAACUUGUCACCUGUGAAUGCUUCUUUCCAAGUACUUCAACCAUCGUCCAUAUCAAACCUCGAGAAAGUUUUCACUUGUUCACAGUAUCAUGGAAUCAUCGCUCCAUACAACACAGCAAAAGUAAAGGUUCAAUACGCACCCACCUAUCCUGGGACGUCUCAUGUUGAAUACUUCGAAGUGAAUGUUCUUGGUGCAACCAACUGUUCUGUUAUCAAGUGUAUAGGGAAAAGCAAAGGUCCAUCAGUGAUGUUUGACACUUCAUCUCUCGGGUUUGGGCAAGUAAACUCUGGUGGUACCGUGACAAGAAUAUUAACUAUAAAGAACAAUUCUGAUGUUAAUACCGCUUUUCAAUUUCUUAUCGACAAAGCGAACAGCGUGUUCACAUUUGAGGCGACCACCGGAUAUCUCGCAGCUGGAAGUACUCAGAGUAUCGCUGUUCGAUUUCACCCAAACCUCGCUAUCAACUACUAUAGGAAAAUCACUUGUUUACUACAGAAUCACGCUCCGCUUAUUUUGGAAGUUUUCGGGACAUGCCAUACAGAGCUAGUCAAACCAGCCGUGCUGCAGCAGAAACACAUCGCUCAAUAUAAGAUAUUUGCCAAGCGAGGACUGUCAAGAACAUCUCCAGACCAACUGGAUGUAAUGUUUCAGGAAGGGGAACUAAACAUGGAUGAUGAUGGUACUCUGAACAACCCAGUAAAUGCUGACCUGAAGAGAUGUGAGGAUGACUUGACAUGCGAAGAACAGUUCUUUGAUGAGUCAAGCGUAGGAGAAACAGCGACAAUUCAACCUCAUAUCAGCGUCGAUCAUUCCCAGAUCAAUUUUGGUAAAUGCCCGAAUAUUCCGUGUUUGGAACAAAAGACCAUAAAUAUCACGAAUCAUACCAAGGGUAAAGUAACGUGCAACUGGUUGAAAGAUACUGCAGGAAUAUUUGAAAUCUCACCAGAGAGUGUCGACAUUCUUCCUCUAAAAACCGCUUCAUUCAUCGUCACGUUUAAGCCCGAUCAAGCCAACCAGUUCUAUGGAUGUGAAAUUGAAUGCUUUAUUUCUUACAAGUCCACGCGUGAUUACAGACUUGUUGAAGAUAAAACAUUAUCACCACCUUGGUGUGUUACAGUGUAUUGCUCAGGUGAAACAUUUUCUCGUGAGAGUGAGUCAUUUUUACCUCGGCUUGAAUUUAGUGCGACCCAACUGGUUUUUCCUGCUGUCACGUUGCAAAACACAUCGUAUCGCACCUUUGCCAUCGCAAACACAUCAUCCAAUCCUGUCAGAUUCAUUUUCGAUCGCGAUCCUUCGGGGACGUUUCGUUGCAAGCCAUCACAAGGCAUCAUCAGAGAUAACCUGCAGCUUGUAAUGCUACGAUACGAAGCUUUGGAAAUGGAAGCGAAAAAGCUGUCGUUGUGUUGCCACUUUAACAACGAAGAAAAAUUCGACCAGGAGUUUACGUUGAUUGGCUCCACAGAAUCAACAAGAGUACAUCUUGAACACGAGUUGUUGUACUUCAGACCGACGUGUGUCGGAAACUCAUCCAAACGUACAUUUGGUGUGCAGAAUAAGUCUAGAAUACCAAUCAGCUUCGAAUGGAGAAUACGUCGACAAGAUUCGCAGAUUUUAGGAAUCGAGCCUCGUCAGGGCACUAUGUUGCCUGGAGAACGCCAGUCGUUCAUGUGGUCGUUUUCUCCUCUCGAGGACAAGAAGUAUCUCAUCAAGUGCAAACUGUUUGUCAAAGUUGGUGGAGGUGUCGCUGAAGCGAAAAAUGUCACGCCCAGUCAACCGUAUCUACUUCGUGCCGUCGGAGCCGGAAUUCACGGCAGCAUCAUGUGCACCGACGAGACAAUAGAUUUCGAUAACGUUGUCGUUGGUACAUGCGCCACACGCAAGAUCACCCUGUGCAAUCCUACGGACUGUGACGUCCCGUAUCGACUGCUGCUCCAACGAGAGAAUAACGAUGACAGCUACGACGAUGAUGAUGAGAAUAAACACGUUAUCAGUGUGGAUAAGAUCAACCACGAUGUCUUACCAGCGAGAACCACCAAGUCAAUACAGGUCAAAGCACGGCCGAGAAAACGAGCAACUUACAAAACGAACAUCAAGUAUCAAGUGAUUACGUUGCAAGACAGUGUCUCCGAGAGUUUGGUGUUAUGUUCUGUGACAGUACAAGGAAUAUACCCAACAUUGGCUGCUCAGGAUAUUCGAUCAACUGGAAGUGGGGAGACUUACAGUAAAGUUCAACUAUGGAAAUUGUUUUCUCUUGAUAGUUUUAACUCUGUCCUGGAAUCAGAUCCGCAGCCUGUCGAAGCGUUGAGCUCAGCUGCAACACGAUAUAGUGAUCGUCGUCGUAAGCCAGUAUCAACGAGGGCGGUUAUUGGAUUUUCAUUUGGCAGUGCUGGGUGUGGUUCUCAACCAACCGUUUUUUAUCUCAGCUUACUCAACAGCGGCUCUGUCCCAGCCGAAUGGGCGUUCUUGUUUCCCAAUGAUCUGCAACUUGAACUGGAGUACUGGGCCGAGACGGGCGAAUACAGUUCAGAAGAAUUACAUCAGAUGCAGACCAUUGGCCAUCAUUUGUUUAGUGUGGAACCAAGCAGCGGUACGCUCGCAGCUGGUCAUGCGCAAACACUCACCCUGAAAUAUAAACACGAUAUUGUCGGUAUAAACAGACUACCUGUACUCUUCAAAAUCACCAAAGGGCGCGAAGUCUUGCUGAAUUUUACCGGUGUGACGGUGAAAGCAAGCCAACCAUUCGUUCACUUCAGUUCAACGAAUUUUAUGUUCGCCCCAGUCCCAGUAGGUCUUGAUACUCCGCCAAUCCAAGACUAUGCUUUCUACAACGGAGGCUCUGUGAAUGCCACCUAUGAGAUCGAUCUAACACCUCUCAAAGAAUUGCACCAGGAAAAUUAUGGCUGUGAAAUCUUCACAUGUUUAAAUCCAACUGGUACAAUCGCACCCGGCAAGACAGCGAUAAUUCACUGGGUGUUUGAACCUCUUGAAGCAAAAACAUAUAUCAUCGAUACCCCCGUCCGCGUUCUGGGCUGUGAAACAACGUUGGUAACAUUCACUGGUAUUGGUUACGAUGACCGAGUCAUGGGAAAAACGUUAUCUCUGGAGGAGCACGCGAUUGACAUACCUCCACGACAGAUCGCCUCAGUCGGCUUCCAGUUGUCCUCUUUGUCAGAGGAGAGAAUACAUCUUGGUCAGGUUCCCUUGCGAAGAAAGAAAACUCGAGUAAUAUUCCUGUCGAACAAGCACAGAGAACAUACGAUAUCGUACAGAUGGAUGUUAGAUGAUUCACCCGAACAUAAUGUUGUACAAAUCCAUCCCGAAUUCGGAAUCGUCAAGCCUCGAGGCAGUGUUGUUCUAAAGAUAACAUUUUUCUCAUCCGGUUCACCAUCUCUGCAUGACAUCGAUCUCAUGUGUGAGAUUACGGACGACACGAUAAUGGAUGAAUAUAACAAGAAACUCCAAGAAUGGUUGGCCUAUCAAGAGGAACAGAAACACUUGUUUACGAUCACAGAAAAGGACAUCGCGGAAGAGGCGAUGAAAAAGACAAAAUCGAAAGAUGAAGCUAUGGGGAGACUUUCAAAAUCCGAAGGAGAUCUGAAGAAGUUCGUAGCUUUGCCUCCGAUCGGGUCUGGGAAGGCGAGGAACCGUGCUAGGUCUGGGAACGAGAACGUGAAAUCGCCCCAGGUCCCUGUGGCUCCCAAAACGUCCCUGCUUCAUCUCAGCGUCACGGCUAGGACACUGGAAGCCGGGGACGUUCAGAUUGACAGAAAUAUGCUUGCGAUCACUUCAGCUUUAAUGCGAAAACAUACUGUGCGAAAUAUUUCCGAGAAUAAAGCAAGUAUGACGUCAUCAUCACGGGAGGAACGCCGUGUUGUGACCGAAGUUUUAUCAGUGGUGCUAAGAGGUCUUUUAGAUGAUGAGAAUUUCCACGGUGAUAUUCGAAGCGUGGCUGAAGAGCCAAUUCCAUACUUCAGGCAAUUUCAGACUGUUGAUGCGGCCGACGGCGACGACUUUUGUGAUGUCAUGGAUUUUGAUAUGAUAUGUUCCAGUUCAAAGAAUAUUCCAAUCGUGACAAUAUCUCCAAAUACGCCAACCAUAGAAAGUCUCUCCAGUCGAAAUGAAGCUCUCGAAGAGACCCCUGUUGAACGGUCCAUCAACCAUAUCAACAACGAAAUUAAAAGUUCUUCAGAGUUUGCAACGUUGGCAGAAGAAGUGCUGGAAAACACGAUAUUAAAUUUGAUGUGGGAAGCAAAUCUUGGCGAAGUGAAUCUCACUACAAGACCAAGAGUCAUAGCUUUGCCACCGAGUAGAGGGAAGGCGUCCGUGUAAAAAUACAAUGCAGAAUAUGAACAUGUAAAUAGAUGGAAAAUAGUUCUAAUCUCAUUUUACGUCGUUAGUAAAGAUUCGUUUUUAGCCUUGCCUUUCUUAGUUA